UGCAAUGUUCAAAAAAUGAUAAACUUAAUAGAGUAUACGAUUGUUACCAAAUAAACCUAUCAAGGAUUAACAAUAAUGUUUAAAACAUAAUAAGUUAUAUGGAUUGUGUUUAGUUAUAUAAAUAACCGAGAUGUUUAGCUUUUAUUUUGUUACAAUAUUUAUUUUAUAUUUCGCAUUAAAUACUGUGAAUAGUAUUGAUGUGAACACCAGUAUAGGAGUAGUGAGGGGUCGGACACUACAUGUGUUGGACACAAAUGUGGAUCAAUUUCUGGGCAUUCCUUACGCCAAACCCCCGGUCGGCAAACAUAGGUUCGCUAAACCCAAACCCAUUACAAAGCCAUUCCCCGAUAUAAUUGAUGCGACAAAACCCAAGCACUUAUGUAUACAGGGGUCGUCUGGACUACCUUUCCUUCCGGGCACUGUUCAGAGUGAGGACUGUCUGGUGCUUAACAUAUGGACAACAAAUACCAUAGCAUUAAAGCCAGUGAUGUUUUGGAUACACGGAGGGAGUCUUAAUGUGGGCUCAAUAUUUAACGAGUGGUUUAAUGGCAGUGUUUUGGCCACACAUGACGUGGUAAUUGUCUCAACAAACUAUAGGUUAGGACCGUUGGGUUUCCUAUACGGGGAUCGGGAGGACGCGCCCGGAAAUGUCGGACUCUAUGACCAGUUAUUGGCUCUCAAAUGGGUUAGAAAAAACAUCCACUCAUUUGGCGGAGAUAGGGAUCGGAUCACUAUAUUUGGUGAGAGCGCCGGGAGUUGGUCGGUGUCCGCACACAUACUCUCCCCGCUAUCCAAAGGCCUAUUCAAGAGGGCUAUUAUGCAAAGCGGUGCCCAUAUGUUCAAUAAGGACAGGAAUGUGUUUAACACAACCGAAGCCUUAUCUCUGGCAAAAUUUAUAGCCAAAGACCAGAAAUGCAAUGAAACCGAGGAUUGGAUACAAUGUCUGCAAAGAGUGAACGCAAAGAAUUUUUUAAAAUACGAAGUGUUUGACUAUCAAGUAAAAUACGACACAUACCCGCUAUUAGUUAAAAACGGAGAGAAA